CCAUGGGCUCUGUGUGAAGUGGCCCUGCCCACUGGGAGGAACCGGCUCUAUACCACGUUCUACGUUCUACCACAGACUUCAAACAAUGCUGGUUAAACCUUCCUGCUGCCUGUUCUCAUCUCAGCUGCUAAAAUGCAACACAACAGAGCUCCUCCGCCGGCCUAUCCUGAGAAGUUAACCAUCGCUCUGCUUGGAAAGAAAAUUCAGAUCAAGAACGUCAUUGGAAAUUUGAUCCUCAACGAUCAGGGCUACUUUACCUCAGAGUCCGACCCCCUGGUGGUGAGAGAGAACAUCUCAGCCAGGGUCAUCAACACUCCGGACUUCUUCGAUGCAGAAUGUCCGAACCCGGAUCAGCGGAUCAUUGACUUCAUGGCUCUUUCCCAACCGGGCCUCGAUCUGUUCAUACUGGUCCUAGAUCCUGAAAACGCCCGAGAGGAAGAGGUCGUUGGUCAAAUCUCUAAACUUCAGGACGUCUUCGGAGAACAGAUCACGAAGCACUUGGUCGUCAUGUUUCCAGACCUCGAACGUUUACAGGCACUCGCUCACCUGAAGGAGAUAUUCAACGUUCUGCUCGUGGUCCCCGACCAUCUGCCCACUCAGUGCAGGGACUGGUGUCCGAGGGGUCACCCAUUCGUGUACCAGUACAAAGACUACAGCCAAGAUGUUGUGUUACGAAGAAAGGCAGCCAUUGAGAAGAGAAGAGCCAACAACAACUGUGGGAGUGGAGAUGCUGAUGAAACCGGUCCGGCCACAUUGAAGCAUAACUUUGCUACAGCAGCUCCAAUAAGUAUGUAACACAACAAAAUACAA